AUGCGGACAAUCCAAGCUAAGUCUGGAUCAGACCAACGGGAUAGCCAUAAACCAAGACCAGCAGAGCCGCACAGCUCACCGAAGUCGAAGAAGCGAUACCAGUGUAACGUCGACGGCUGCGGAAAGGCGUUUUACCAGAAAACGCAUUUAGAGAUUCACACCCGCGCUCACACCGGCAUCAAGCCAUUCGUCUGCAAAGAGCCGACCUGCGGACAGCGUUUCAGCCAGCUCGGUAACCUAAAGACACACGAGCGUCGGCAUACUGGCGAACGGCCGUAUCAGUGUGACAUUUGCGGUAAAACCUUUGCACAGCACGGCAACGUUCGAGCGCAUAAAAUCGUUCAUACGUCGACAAAACCUUUUACCUGUAAACUGGACGACUGUGACAAGCAAUUCACACAGCUUGGCAACCUGAAGUCUCAUCAGAACAAGUUCCACGUGGAGACCAUUCGGCGAUUGAAGGCACGGUUCGAGAGCAUUAGAGAAGGCGACGUAGUGGAGAGCUGGGAGAAGGAGAUGUGGGAGUACUUCGGCAGUCUCUACAAGAACUGCAACAAGGGCAUUAAAGGGCGUGGCAAAGACCGAAGGAUCAGCAACGUCAAUAUAUACGCGCUUCCAGCACACUCCGCAGAGUCACGAAGAGACAGCCUUGUGAGCAACGCCUCAAUGCCUGGGGCUCCGGUCAGCUCGGCGAUGGGACCGAUGCAACAAGGAAUGUUCCAAGAUGUAUCGGAACGGCUUUUCGCGUAG